UUUAUUUUAAUUUUGGUAGCUUAUGAUUGCGUAAAAUGUAGCCCGAUAUUUCAAGAUUCAACGCCAAUGUGCGGAUAUUCGUCGUGUCAUCCAGUUAAAGACGGUCAUAUUAACGUCCAUCUGGUACCACAUAGUCACGAUGACGUUGGCUGGGUCAAAACCAUUGAUCAAUAUUACUAUGGGGUGCACAUGAGAGAGAGUAACGCUGGCGUUCAAUACAUUUAUGACAGCGUUUUAAAUUCUUUAAAGAGACACGAAGACAGAAGAUUCAUUGCAGUGGAAACCGCUUACUUCUGGAAAUGGUGGUCAGAACAGGACGACAUCACGCGACAAGAUUUCACCGCACUAGUAAACGCUGGACGAUUGGAGUUCACUGGCGGUGGAUGGUCAAUGAACGACGAAGCUACCACCAAUUACCAGCCCAUAAUCGACCAGAUGAGUUGGGGUUUGCGGAGACUGAACGACACAUUCGGAAAAUGCGGUCAGCCGAAAAUGGGAUGGCAAAUUGAUCCGUUUGGACACAGCAACGAAAUGGCCUCCAUUUUUGCCAGCAUUGGUUUUGAUGGACUAAUCUUAGGCAGAAUUGAUUAUCAAGAUAGAAGUGCAAGAAUGGCCACUAAAGCCAUGGACAUGGUAUGGAGAGGCAGCGCGAGCGGAGGCGAAUCUAGCGACAUUUUCACCAGUGUUCUAUACAACAUGUAUGACGCGCCACCUGGAUUUUGUUUUGAUUUGUUUUGCGAUGACCAACCGAUAGUUGAUAAUGAGAAAAGCCCAGAAUACAACGUGGAAACAAAGGCGUUGGAGUUCACCCAAUACAUCGACACGGCCAUUCUCGGAUACUCGAGUAACAACCUUUUGAUUCCUAUGGGCAACGACUUCGCAUACCAAGAUGCCGAAUUAUGGUACAAGAACAUGGACCGACUUAUAAGGCACAUUAAUAACAACACCUUCGGGAAUAAUCGGAAAUACAACUUGAUGUACUCAACUCCAUCAUGUUAUGUGAAUGCCGUCCAUGACGAAACUAAUGGAGCUAUAAAGUCGAAGUUGAAGACAGAUGACUUUUUUCCUUACGCUUCAAACUCCAGAUCAUACUGGACUGGAUACUUCACAUCAAGACCGUCACUUAAGAGAUUCGAGAGGCUGGGCAACAACUUUUUGCAAGUCUGCAAGCAAUUGUCUGCCUUGUCCGACACAAAUAAGUCUAAUGAAUUAAACACUUUCCGUGAAGCGAUGGGUGUCCUGCAGCACCAUGACGCAGUUUCGGGAACAGAGACCCAAGCAGUUGCUUCCGACUAUGCUAGACUACUGUACGAGGGUAUUGCAAACGGUCAGCAAGUUACGAAUGAAGCGAUCAAGAAAUUAAGCAGAGCCGCGGAUCAAAAUUUUAGCAUGUGUCUGUUGGCUAAUAUAAGUCAGUGUGAACUAUCCGAAUUGGGCACAAAUUUGAUAGUUACAGUUUAUAAUCCACUAAGCAGACCCGUUUCAAAAUAUGUGAGAUUACCAGUUCUGGGAACGGCCUACAAUGUGAAGGAUUCAUAUGGAAGCAAUGUAAAAACGCAGAUCGUACCAAUACCAUCCAGAGUUCUUGAUAUAGUUGGAAGGGAAAGUAAUGCAACCCUGGAACUGCUUUUCCUGGCAAAAGACGUCCCACCGCUAGGUUUCAGGUCUUAUUACGUCGAAAAAGUAGUUGGAGAAGAUAGGGUAACACCAGAAAGUACAGGCAUAAAUAGUUUCAAAAAUGGAAAAAUUAUGAUAGAAUUUGAUCCUGAUAAAUACGGAUUCUUUGGAAGAAUUUCCAUCGCAAAUACAAGCCUUGACAUCAACCAAACUUUUCUUGCAUAUGAGGGCUCCACCGAGCGUUCAGAUGGUGUAUCGGGGGCAUAUCUUUUUAAUCCUCGCUCUGGUGUUCCGGAUGAAAUAGUCUUGUCGACGCACACCAAAAUAUACGAGGGAGAGCUGGUCACGGAAAUCCAACAAAUGUUCAACACUUGGGUAGGCCAAGUGAUUAAAUUGUACAACGACGAAAAUUUCGUGGAGUUUGACUGGAUUAUCGGACCAUUGCCUACAUAUUACGCAGAAGGAAGGGAAGUGAUCAGUAGGUACUCAACUAAUUUAGACAGCGAUUCGACUUUUUAUACCGACUCGAAUGGGCGUGAGACUCUGAAGAGAAUCCGCAACCGUAGACCGACUUGGAACUUGACAACCAUCUUGGAACCUCCUGGACCUAACUAUUAUCCGGUUUCUUCAAAAAUAGUAUUGAAAGAUGAGAAACGUAAUAUACAACUAGCCGUCUUGACUGACAGAGCCCAAGGCGGAUCUAGUUUAGCAGACGGACAAGUCGAAUUAAUGGUGCAUAGAAGCGCAUUUGUGGAUGAUGAAUUAGGCGUAAAUGAAGCUUUAAAAGAAUAUGCGUAUAAUCAACCUUUGGUUGUUAGAGGAUCUCAUUAUCUAAGUUUGGGAAAAAUUAGGACUGCUUCCAGCAUAGAACAACCUAGCACGGUCAUAGAACGCGACGUUGCUCAGAGAAAGCUUCUCGAUUCCUGGGUAUUCUUGUCAUCUCUUGGUGCCUAUGAUUUUGAAGAAUACAGAAACAAAUUUGAAAUGGAAUUUUCUGGGCUACUACACGCUUUGCCAUUAAACGUUCAUGUCUUAACAUUGGAGCCCUGGAGCGAUUCGAGUCUGUUAUUGAGAUUAGAACACACAUUUGCCCAAGAUGAAGAUCCCCAAUUUUCCCAGGCAGUAACAGUUAGGUUGAAAGAUUUAUUUUCAAUUUUUGAUAUUCGCUCGGUGAAGGAAACUAUGCUUGGAGGCAAUCAAUGGGCAGAUGACAGUGAAAGACUUAAGUUUAAAGCCAGCGAUGCUAAAUAUCCAGAAAAUGAUGCCAGUCGACAAAUUAGUUUGGAUGACGAUCUCAACGUUACACUAUAUCCAAUGCAAAUACGCACUUUCAUCCUUUAUGUGAAAUAUUAACGACUUAUGACUGUUAGAUUUUAUAUACAAC